AUGUAUGCGAUUGGGAGUAUUCGUAAAUUAGUUAGUUGGUCAGUGUAUACUUUACAGUAUAAUUCGGAAGGACAGUCUAGCCGGGCAUCUGGAAGGGAUCGGGGAUUCCACAUGGUCCCCGAGGAGGAAAACAUAAACCCCGAGCAGAGAGGGCAGCCAAUCAAUACCUGCAUGCUUCCCCGACUGCAGCCCGGUCGCAAAGCCCACCCCCGCGACGUCAUGGUCGGUCACUCAAGGUACCGGAGUCAACUGGCUGAGGUACUGUACCACCACCAACCCUCCGCCAUCGGACAUCAAUUGGCAUGA